AUGGCGUUACUGUGCUCCAACCCCGUCUCUUCUUUGCCCUUUCUGGGGAGUGACGUACCACCAGAGGUGCAAUAUAUCCACACGCAAGACCUCGACAUUGAAACCGCCAUACUCAUCGCCCAACUCGCCCAAGAGGACAUCGAACAAGUACUAAGCACGCGCAAAGGCAAAGCCCGCGAAACCUCCCCCCUCUCCGACACUGAGCUCGCCUGUCAAAUGCAGCUGGAGAUCUUCCAGCAAGCGGUGGUAUUCUCGGAGGACGCGGUCCUCGCGCGAAGUAUAGAUGCUGCUGUGGCCGCUGAUGCGGCGUGCUUGGAUGCGUUUAGCGUUGUUGAGCAGGCUGCGUGUGCGGAUCGACGGGCGGCGGAGAUGCUUGCUCGGGGAGAACGGCUUCCUGCGAGAACUGAAGCUCAAUCUCGUGUUGCAGACCCGGAUUUUAGGAUGGAGCCUGUUAUACCCGGUGUUCCGGUAGACGAUUCUUUAGCACCAGAUACAAAACAUGGAGCAGAGUGUUCAAAUUCAAAAGCGGUGGAUGUCAAUCACACUGUAGAUAAGGCUCUAAAUCCUUUACCAAAACAAGAGGACGAUUCUCCAAGCCGUAAAUGCAAAUACAAACACAAUAUAGUCGACCUCAAACCAGCGUUUCCUUUCAUCUGCGACGGGUGUGGAAUCUCACUCAUAAAUUGCACAAUCGAUAAACAAGAGGAAACCCAGGUCUUGGAGAAAGACCGACUCUACUGCUACUUUUGCCACACUUUUCUCGGCUGCGCGGUGAAACUUUCGCCGCAUAAAAGCUCAGAGGUUGGCCUCCUUGUGGACCAUAUCAGGAGGAGGGUUGCCAGGGCUAGUGGCGCUUGGGGGGGCAAGAAGCGUGCUCGACGAUCUCCGAGUAUGAGUCUCACUGAACGUCGGGAAAGUAGGCUGUCUAUGGUUACAGAUAUUGAAAGUAGUUAA